GCACUCCUGACACGUUCAGCCACUUGUGUGGAGAAGUGGGAGUUCUAGCAGGCUUUAACAAGCAGAUGUAGACUACUAGCUGAGAGGUACAACAGCAUAGCUCAGGCUGGCUAAAAAACAGUACUCGUGCUGUUAGGUAAACAAAACAAGAUUUUAGUAUCAAAAUGGCUGACCUGGAAGUCUACUUGUAGCUUGUGAUACUUAUGCAAAUGAGCUACACGUCAGUGGCUUACUCAGAGGAGGAAACUCAUUUUGCACGUGCCCACCUUCUUGCCAGGGUCAAGAUGGAUAGCACAGAUGAACCUCAGAAGAAAGUCUUUAAAGCACGAAAAACAAUGAGAGCGAGUGAUCGACAACAACUUGAAGCUGUCUAUAAGGUUAAAGAGGAGCUGUUGAAAACAACUGAAGUUAAACUGUUAAAUGGAAAGCAUGAGAAUGGAGAUUCUGACUUAAAUUCCUGUUUAAGCAGUCCAGACUGUAUGGAGGAGAAGAGGGAAGUUAAUGGCCUAGUGGACUUGUCUGCUAACUCUGAAGAAGGAAGAACAGCUUCUGAUGACAUUAGUGAAGCCAAAAGCCCUGAAAGUAGGGCAGGGGACAAUGACAUAGAACCCAAACCUCUAACACAGUCUCCAGAGAAUAUUACUCUUGAGCAGGACAAAAGUACUGAUAGUGCUUUAGAAUGUAAAGCUGAAAAUGGAGUGGUUGGUAGCAAUAAAGAUAACUUCCAUGAAGAAAAUAAUACAAAAGAUCAUUUGGACCAAAGAGAGAGUAACAUCCCAUCAGAAGGUGAAAGUAAAUCAGUUUGUGAUAUUAGUGACUCUUCUGAAGUGAACGGAGAAAAAAAUGACAUACCUAUUAAUUCCAAUUUAUCUGAUGAGGAAAAGAGGACUGAACAAGUAACCGUUGAAGACACUGUUGGAGAAGACGCCAUCUCUAGCAGCAUGGAAGCUAACCAGGAACCAAAGGACAAACAAGAUGGCACUGCAGGUCUGUCAGAAACCACUGUUCAGAAGACAGAUGAGCCAAGUGGAAGUACCUUGGACAAUACUGACUCUAUGGAAACAGAUGAAAUUAUUCCAAUUUUGGAAAAACUGGCCCCUGCUGAAGAUGAACUGAGCUGUUUUUCUAAAAGUUCUCUACUUCCAGGGGAUGACACAGUCCCAGAUUUAGAAGAGAAAAUAGACAACUGUUUGGGUUCACCAUCCAAGCAGGAAAGCAAUGAAAGUCUGCCAAAAGAGGCUUUCUUAGUACUGUCUGAUGAAGAGGAUCCCUGUGAUGAGAAGGAGGAACAUGCUGAAGUGCUACUACCAAACAAGUCAAGUCUUCCAGAAGAGGUGGAGGAGGAGAGAAGAAAGGAGUGUGAGGAGGAUAAAGAAGGAGAAGAGACCCACAAAGAAGAAGAGAAACACACAGAGAAAAGUGAAGUGUCAAGGAGAAAGCGUUCCAAAUCUGAGGACAUGGACAGUGUUCAUUCUAAACGUCGUCGGUACAUGGGAGAAGAUUAUGAAGCAGAACUCCAAGUAAAAAUUACAGCCAGAAAGGAUGUUGACCAAAAAUUAGAAAAGGUUAUCCAGAGACUGUUAGAAGAAAAACUUACUGCUUUACAGUGUGCUGUAUUUGACAAGACUCUGGCAGACUUGAAAACACGAAUAGAGAAAGUAGAAUGUAACAAGAGGCAUAAAACUGUGCUUACUGAACUACAGGCUAAAAUUGCUAGAUUGACAAAGCGGUUUGGAGCAGCCAGGGAGGACUUGAAGAAAAGACAGGAAAAUGCACCAAAUGUACCUCUGUCUCCAGCAAAGACAGGAAGUGACAUUGCAAACACAAACAAUGCGACAUAUCGAAAUGCUGGCACAGUGAGGCAGAUGCUGGAGUCGAAGAGGAGUGUAGGUGAGAGCACACCAGCGACUUUUCAAGCCACUGUGAAUGCAGUGCCAGCUUCCAGUCUUGCUGUUCCUCCAGCAGUUGUCAGUGGACUUCCUAAGCCUCAGGCUCCAAUGACCUCCACCAGCUCUUUGACAACAACAGUUCUUCCUACAGCUAAUACAGCUACAGUUGUAGGCACUAACCAACUGCCCAGUGGCAGCACUCCAUCGGUGUCUGUCUCAUUGCAGUCUUUGCCCGUAAUCUUACACGUACCUGUUGCAGUGUCAUCCCAGCCUCAGAUCCUGCAAGGUCACACAGGGACCUUGGUCACUAACCAACAGUCAGGCAACGUUGAAUUUAUAUCUGUACAAAGCUCAUCUACAGUUGGUAGCCUUACCAAAACUACAGUAUCUUUGGCAUCAACUAACCCACCUAAACCAAAUAACAGCCCAUCUGUGCCCAGUCCUGGUACACAGAGGAACUCUCCAGCCAGUGCUGGAUCAGUAGGCACAACGUUGGCAGUACAGGCUGUUUCUGCUGCACAUCCUGUUGCCCAGGCCACAAGGACUUCUUUGCCCACAGUGGGUACUCCAGGACUUUAUAAUGCUACCAGCAGUCGAGCCCCCUUACAGAUGAAGAUUCCCCUCUCUGCAUUUAGUAGUACAACUCCUAUUGAACCACCCACCAUUACAGCACCCCGAGUUGAAAACCAGGCAAGCAAGCCACCAACAGAUACUUCGGCAAACAAGCGAACUGCUGAGGGAACAACACAGAGUUUUGUCUUUCAGAGCGGGAAGGUCACAGGAAGUGAUUCAGGAGGUGUCAUUGAUCUUACACUGGAUGAAGAGGAUGAUGGCUCUUCUCAAGCAGAUGGCAAGAAGCAGAACCAGAUACCUGUUACAGGACUGAGCAUACCCACCCAGCCCUUGGCUCGACCUUUGCAGCCAAACCCUGUGCAGACAACAGGUGUGCCAACAAGUGGACCUUCCCAGACCACCAUACAUGUAUUACCUACAGCUCCGACAACAGUGAAUGUAACUCAACGUCCAGCGACUCAAACUCCUGCAAAACUUCCUAUACCAAGAGCCCCUCCUAACCAUCAGGUGGUCUAUACCCCUCUUCCUGCACCACCAGCGCAGAAUCCUGUAAGAGGAGCUGCCAUGCCAAGCCCAGGUUUAAGGCCAGUCAACCCACAGGCUGGAGGUAUGACAGUACGAAUGCCUCAAACAACUGCAUAUGUUGUGAACAAUGGACUAACUCUUGGAUCUGGAACACCUCAGCUUACAGUGCAUCAUCGACCACCACAAGUGCAUGCUGAGCCACCACGCCCUGUACAUCCUGCCCCGCUCCCGGAGGCACCACAGCCACCACGUCUGCCCCCUGAAGCUGCCAACACUUCUCUGCCUCAGAAGCCACAGCUGAAGCUGGCACGGGUACAGAGCCAGAAUGGUAUUGUGCUGUCAUGGAGUGUCAUGGAGGUGGACCGGAGCUGUGCCACUGUGGACAGUUACCAUCUCUACGCCUACCAUGAGGACCCGAGUGCCACUAUGCCCUCCCAGUGGAAGAAGAUUGGGGAAGUGAAGGCCCUCCCACUGCCCAUGGCAUGCACUCUUACACAGUUUGUGUCUGGCAGCAAAUACUACUUCGCAGUCCGAGCUAAGGACAUCUAUGGACGUUUUGGACCCUUUUGUGACCCCCAGUCCACAGAUGUGAUCUCUUCCCAGAGCAGUUAAACUAGAGAUCUUGGGAGCCUUUAACCUGUCCUACUAUCAAGAAUUACCCCAGUUUUGGGGGGUUGAUCCCAUGCAUGAAAUUCAUUUUUAAAUCCAAUCUCAGCAGGAUUAUUUUAGACAGUUGUGUGAUACACUACGUGCAUUCAGAACCAAAAGAAAAAUAAAGUCUCACCUGCAGCAAGAGAGCCUGUUUUUUCUGGAUAGCUCACGUCAUGGGCAGUUUAAAAAUUUCAUUUUCCCUUCCAUGACAGCUGUUCCACCUAGAUACCUACCUAUCCUUUAUCCAAGGGCACCCAGGGUGCCUGGGAUUUUGCUUCAGAGUGGGAACAAAAUAAUAAAUUACAGUUUUCUGUGAUGCAAAACAUACACACCUGUAAUAUCUGUCAAGGCACCAACAUGAGGGCAAGAACAGAUUUGCCUCUUGACCCCCACCACUCUGUGGGCAGACUGCUAUGAAGGGUGAUUCAAGACCUCACUCUUGUACUGGAAUAUUGAGUGGUCUGGUCUUACUUUACAAACUGUAAUGAGCUCUCUGAGGGGAGGGACUUGAAUCUGGCCAGGGAAAUUAAUAUGUGUGUAAACUUAGAGGUGGUGGGGGAGAAAAAAUAAAUCACCCCGCUACCUCCUAUCUCUUCUAAAAACGCUCCUCUACUUUCACCAUCCUCCCCCCACUCACACUCGGAGCAUUCCCAGGUCAGAUCUGAAACUGGAUUGUAGAGACUGCAUUCACACCUCUAGCCCAGAUAAUUUCUGUGCCCCUCCCCCCAUACAUCCAGCCCUAUUUUUUAGAUUUAUUUUGUGCCUUAAAGAAUAAUUUCAGAAAUAAAAUGUAGCCAGAUACCUUGUGGUGUUCUUUUAUAUGUUUGGAGUUAUUUUUCCCUUCACCCUUCCAGCCUUUAUUACUGCUUCUCAUUUUCCUGGCCUGCAGUAAUCAUUAUUUCUGUAGAGACCAGGAAGUGUAACAUCUGCUUGAUGCUGGAUUUGUUUUAUCGGCAAUAUUAUUCAACCCUUUCCUCAUUGUAAUUCUUGAGUAGUUGUUUUUGUCCUGUCAAGAAUAUUAAAGAGUAUACAGGCAGUGUUUUCCACUAGAGCCUUUCCCUGUUCUUUUGGGAAAGCUGUAUGCUGCAAUUCAGCCAAAGAAACCUCUACACCAUGAAAGCUUCUAGCUGUUUGCACUCGGUUUGGAUGUUCAGUUAGUACAAAAAGAUAAGAAGUUGGCUUCCCAGUCUUCUUUGUCUCAUCACCUGCCUGCCUCUGCAGAAAGCGAACACACCCAGAACCGUUUAGAAACCAUUUUAGACACUGGCCUAAAAGUUGGGAGCAAUUGCAAAGGUUAAAGAUGCUUUCAUGAUGUUUCUGAGCUGAGAAAAGAAAUUGGUGCAUCUGCCCCACUGUUGUUGACAUGUUAAACUUGUUUUUCACAGAACCAAAUUGUAACACACCCAGACAAGAAAGUAUAUGUAAGGCUUUUAUUUUGGCACUUUUCAGUCUCAUUCCUGGAACCAAACAGUGGAUUUAGAAGGGAAAGAGGGGGUUUUAAUGUGUCUUUGAGGUGGUACCAAAGGGCCAUUGGCCGUAUCAGUACAAUGAGGUUUUAUAGGUUGAAAGUUAAAUGUUAGAAUACAACCUAGAACUUAUGCUGCUUAUUUAAUUGUAAUUCCAGCCCAAACUAUACAUGACCUUUUCUACAGUUUGUGCUUAUGUUUAGGUCACAAUUGUUCUUAGCUUUGUCUUGCUUGGGAUAGGUGGGAGGUGAGAGUCCUGUGUUAGAAUUUUUUUCUUUCCUCCAAUGGAGGUAUUAUUUAGGGAUGGUCUGGUAUUGUGUUUGCAGGUUGGGUGGGCUGUAUCUUUAGAGAAAGAAGACUCAUCUUUAUUUACUAAAGAAAGAUGUAGUUCUCAACUGAACUGAUUGUAAAAACUGGCUUCUGACUUAAUAGAUCCAUUUUUCCUAUGCAUGACAAGAGUGCAGUUGAUUUUUGCAGCUGUGGGUGAAAUCUGACUUGUUUCAUCACAGCAGAGCUGUUAAAUGUCCAAUUUCAGGUUCUUAAGCAAGCAGCUGUGGCAAAGUAUGUGAUAACAUGACUUGACUUUUGAAUGCCUAGCUCUGUUUGGAGACCUUAAAGGUAGCUGGUCCUUAAAUCACUGACCUACAGAGAGAACUAUGCCAUUUCUGUCAUGGUGGAGCAGAUCUCUGCAGUGGGUAUUCGGCCCUUACGCUAAUAAAAAGGAGUACAGCUUAAUUCCUUAACUCAUGGCAUUUCUCCCUGUGUUGUGGGAUGGCUGGUUAUUUUAUUAUCCUUUACCUUUCAGAAACAAUAAAACUACUGAGAAACGAUACUUCUGCUAGCAGAAAACACUCAGAAAUAAUGGAUUUAAUUUAGGAGACUUUAUUUGAAAGUAUUACCAAAAUAUUUUGGAACAUUCAGUGCAGGUCUCUUAACACUAUGCUUCUAGACGGGGUUCUUCAUAAAAAUGUUAGUUGCUGGAGGUUUCCAGUAAUUCACUUCUAAAUAUGCUAAAAAUCUCUAUAUGGCUUAUAAGUUGGAGGGUUUAGUUUUGGUUUCUUUGCACUUUAUGCAAGUUUUUCCAUCUUCUUUUCAGUGGCCUGGCAUAAAGUUGUUUUGCUGUUGCCACUGGGUACAUGACAUUUCAGCAGUACCACCUUGGAUCCAGUUCCCUGUGUUUUAGCAAACAGCACUGAUUCUACAGCUGUGUUUUCCAUCCUCAUUAUCUUCCUGGGUUGGUUUAGGUUUGGUUUGUUUUCUCACUGUGAUACAAGGGCAUCUGGAUGUUGCGGUUGAAAGUAAUUUGAGUUAGUUCAGUUUCUGGUUGGAGAGGAGUAAAGCUGCGGGACUGCUGACAGCGAAGUGCUGUUCCUUUCCACUGCAUUCCUCCUAGCUGCAGCUUCAUGGGCCUCCUUUAUUUCCGUAUAUGUCUAAAAAAGCUUUAUUGGAUUUAAACAACCCUAGGAAGGGGGCAGACUGUAGGUAUAGCUUCUGUGCUGCAUCUUCAGGGGCAGUUUCCCCUCUGCCCAUAUUUAUUUCCAUGCUCAGACCAGCUUCCCUAGGAGUAGCAGUUUGCUCUUGGACUUUGCUCCUUUGAAUUAUUUGUGCUACCCUUGGCCAUGUUAGGUCACUGAGCACAAGCACUGAGACACUCACCCAUCACAAGGGUUUUAGCACAAGGCUGGAAAGGCCCAUGGUGUCUUCCCUGUAAAAAUAAGGGGUCUUACCCUGCUUCCUUUGAAAAAUGGCAAAACCCCUCGUGCCUUCAGUGGGAGCACAAUUGGGCCCAUUAGUAGGAUCUGAGCAUCAUUUUGUACUGUAACAAAAAUAGUCACUUCGGCCCUUGCUUUAUGCUGUUUGUCUUAACUGUUCAAUAAAUUAGAAUCUGUAUUAUAUGUAGGGACACUUCAAAUCUGUUCCUGCUCCCCAAACAGCCAUUCCCCAGUAUUAGAGUAUUGCAUACACUGUACAAAAUCAAGCUGUGAUUCUGCCUUCUUAGGAACUCUUGAGUAUUUUCAUUUAGUCAAAAAUAUCUAUCCAGAUUUUUUAAACAGAAGCUUGAUAUAUUAAAUAUAUAUUUUUUUAAUUUGUUGGUUUGGGUAGGGGUGUUGUAUGUAUGAAUUGCAUGAAAACACUGGAGGGAGAGGAGUUCAAAUGACACUGAGCCAGCCCUGCCACCAAAAUCUGUAUUUCCUUCCACACACCUUCUGAGGGGAGAAAGAAAAAAAUGAUAGCUGUGAGAGCCAAUUAACAAAUUUUCCUUUUCAUGAUUUCUGAGUACCUGUUAAAAUGCAUCUUUAUUUCUCAUUGUCAUUAUGCAGGCUAAGCAUUCUUUUUUUUCCUCUCAUGAUAUAUAUAUACAUACAUAGAUUUGAAGUGCUGUCUUAAUUUAAUGGGGUGUAGCUGUAAAUAAAGAUAACUGGGUAGUAGCUGUUUGGGGAGUCCUGUUCAGCUUUAGUAAUUUAUUGGCUACUGGGAGUCAAACGUGCAAAAUCCUUUGUUAGGAAACGCAGAUCUGUUUUGCAGCUGGACUUGUAAAUACAAAAAACACAUAGGACUGACUUAAUGUCCAAUUUAAACUGGGCAGUUGCAAGCUCUCCCCAUUUUUAUAUGUACCGUAGAUUAGUCUGUCUGUUAACUGUAGUGGGGUUUUGUCUGACAAGCCUGAAAUUUAUACUUUGAAAUAAACUACUGGG